CGUGGCGACGGACUAUCACUAGAGGAGAGGAGAGGAGAGCACACCCGAGUUCACAGUUUCAGUCUCAGUUGUUACAGCCUUUGCCCGGAAGGACCAAGAAGAAGAAGAACAGGAUACGUGCCACACAAGCUAGCUCGUCGUCGGCGUCGAUCGCUCCCCGCGUUCCGAGCCAAGAGAAGAUGGGCCGCGGGAGGACGGAGAUGAAGAGGAUCCACAACGACGUGUCGCGCCGGGCCACCUUCGGCAAGCGCCGCCGCGGCCUGCUGAAGAAGGCGCGUGAGCUCGCCGUGCUCUGCGGCGUCGAUCUCGGCCUCCUCGUCUUCGACGAUGACGGCGCCGGCAAGCUGUUCGACUACUGCAGCCCCAACACAAGCUGGAGCGAGCUAAUCGAGCGCUACGAGAGCAUCACCAACCACAAGUUCCAGUUCCAGGGGAUAAAUCAUGUUGAUGAUCAGCAACCGUUGGCGGAUAUCAUCGCAGGGCUGAGGCGUGAGCAUGACCGUCUGGAGGUCAGCGUGAGGAGGCAGACCGGAGAAGACCUGCCAUCCGCCGCGACGGCGGCGGAACUCGAUGAUCUGGAGCAGCGACUGGAGCGCGUGCUGGGUGAAGUUCGUGAAAUGAAGGACAAGCCGCUGGAGCAACAGUUGGACGAAUCAUACCACAAGGUGCACACCUUGGAGGACCAGAACAGCUUCCUUCGCCGCCUGAUGGGCGAGGAGGGGCAGCAGCGUGCUGCUGUGGAGGCGUCAGCUGUGGCGCCGAAGCUACCGGCGACGGCGUUCGGGGGAUCCUUCCCGGAGGUGGAGGAGGAGGAAUUGACAGCGCUACGGCUGUGGCCGCGGCAGCUCCCCGACGUGUAAGGCAUAGGCCUGAAGCCCAGCCUGCACUCUGGUGAAUGGUGAUUAAGGUCGAGGAGAGAUGAUAGCCUGAUGGAAGACUGGUGGAGAUUAUAAUUGAUUAAUUAUAAGGAAUCUAGCUUAAACUUACUAGUAGCAGGCCAGUAGUGAGGACUAAGGAUCCGGCCUAUGUUCAGAGGACAUAUACCUUUAACAAGUAGCAGACGCCAGUAUUUUGCUCCACACAAUUUCGUGUAUGACUGUGUGAGCAGCACUCCCCAUGUAGUAUCACGUUGGUUCAUAUGAAUUUACUGCAGUGUUUUCUUUAACAUCGGUGUUGAAACUCUGACAACAAUGGAUUGAUCAACAUGGGUACUGCACUACUACUUCGAUUUUUGUAGGCAAAUAUCGCCAAGCUUAUU